GACUGUAGUGAUAUAUCGACCAAAGAACCAUCGAGUUUGAAAAACGAGAAUCGAUAUCGAUCAAGCUUGAUUUUCUCUUUUUGUCGUGGGUUGUUUGUUGCAUUUUGAUUUUGACGAGUUUUUGUAAUUAUUAUGAUCUAGAGAAAUAAUCUAUUUUUUCAACGUUGAGCUUUUCCUGUAAAUUUCCUGAAAAGCUAAGAUCUGUUGAGAAAUGAGUGGAUUACCGCCGCAGCCACCAGUUGGCAUUCCUGGCCUGUCAAUACAACCCACAUCGCUGCCACCACCACCACCUGGCAUCGAGAUGAUGAACCUGAGCGGCCCACCACCUUCCACCAACAAACUGGAGGUGGAGUCUCCAGGCACAGCCGACCAGCCGCCGCCUCCAGGAGAGCAACAGCCGCCCCCGGCCUCCAAGGAGCCGUCGUCUGCCGCCCCCGGAGCAGGAGCAAGCCAGCGCGAGGUGCGGCUGCCGAUCGCACUAGAGCAGGCGCUCGCUUUCAAGUCGGAGCGCGCCAAGCAAGUUGGAGUCGUCGAACAGUUUGAAAGCGUCAAGAUUGAGCCACCAUCUCCGGCACCUAAUGAGCCACUGGAAAGUGUAUAUGAGGAAUAUCAAGAUGAUGAAGAUGAAGAUGACGACGAGGAUGAAGCUGAGGAAAUCCAACCAUCAAAAGUUGAAGUAAAGAAAGAAGACAAGAAAUCUUCAAGAAAUAGACGGAAGAAAAAGAAGAAGAAAUCUAGGACUCAACGAAUGAAAGAAAUGGAACAAGCGAGGGAAGAGAAAAACAAGGAGAAUAAGGGUAAAAAGAAAUUGGAAGUUGAAGAUGAUGUUGAAAUAGUGUACAUUCAAGAAACUUUAGGCUUACAUCAGUUGGAUCCAAUGUAUCGGCAGUUUGCUAAAAUAUUUGAAGCAUUCCGGAUAACUGAGCCAGAAAAACCAGCAGAGUUCACAAAUAAAGAUCUGGCCGCAGCAAAAGAAGCGGCCGCAAAACUAGCCAAUGCUCAUCAGUUGAAGAAAGUGCCAAAACUGCCAGAUGACUACGAUGAAGACGAGCAGGGUGAAGAAGAGAUGUCAAAAGAGGAGAAGAAGGAGAAAAUGUCGAAGAGGAAGUUGAAGAAGCUGACGCGACUGAGUGUGGCCGAACUGAAGCAGUUGGUGCAUCGGCCUGAUGUGGUGGAGAUGCAUGAUGUCACAGCAAGAGACCCGAAGCUGUUGGUGCAGUUGAAAGCACAUAGGAACACAGUGCCUGUUCCGAGGCACUGGUGCUUCAAGCGCAAGUACCUGCAAGGCAAGCGAGGAAUCGAGAAGCCACCCUUCGACCUGCCCGACUUCAUCAAGAAGACAGGCAUCAUGGAGAUGCGCGCCUCGCUGCAGGAGAAGGAGGACCAGCGUACACUGAAGGCCAAGAUGCGGGAGCGCGCCAGACCCAAGCUGGGCAAGAUCGACAUCGACUACCAGAAGCUGCACGACGCUUUCUUCAAGUGGCAGACCAAGCCGCGGCUCACCAUCCACGGCGAUCUCUACUAUGAGGGCAAAGAGUUUGAGACCAGGUUGAAGGAGAAGAAGCCGGGGGACCUUUCGAUGGAAUUGAGGACUGCUCUAGGAAUGCCAGUGGGGCCCAACGCACACAAAGUGCCACCUCCCUGGUUGAUAGCGAUGCAGCGUUACGGGCCUCCACCCUCCUACCCCAAUCUGAAGAUAGCCGGGUUGAAUGCGCCGAUCCCCGAGGGCUGCUCGUUCGGCUACCAUGUGGGAGGGUGGGGCAAGCCCCCCGUUGAUGAGACAGGAAAGCCGUUGUACGGUGACGUGUUUGGCACGUUGUCUGCGACGCACGAGCAGAACGAGAUUGAUGAGGAGAUCGACAAGAGUGCCUGGGGAGAGCUGGAGUCCGAGAGUGAGGAGGAGAGCGAAGAGGAAAGCGAGGAGGAAGAGGGAGGAGAGGGAGAGCCGGACAGGAGUGGCCUGAUGACGCCGGCUGAGGGUAUGGCCACGCCUUCUGGCAUCACCUCCAUACCAGCCGGGUUGGAAACUCCAGAGAUCAUAGAACUCAGGAAGAAGAAGAUCGAGAGCGAAAUGGAGGGUAGCGAAACACCUGCCGCCCUCUUCCAGGUGCUGGCUGAGAAAAGGGUCGACAGGGUGGGAGGGGCCAUGAUGGCGUCGACGCACAUCUACGACAUGGCGGCGGGGGCGGCUGGCGCAGGGGCAGGGGCGGCUGGAGGCGGCAAAAGGGUGGGGCAGGACACGGUGGAGGUGGCACUCGACCCCUCCGAGCUUGAUCUGGUCGACACCGAUGCCAUGGCCGCCCGCUACGAACAGCAGAUCCGCGAACAACAGUCCCAUCUGCAGAAGGAGGACCUCUCCGACAUGCUUGCCGAACAUGUCGCCAGGCAGAAGAAUAAAAGAAAGCGGCAGCAAACUCAGGAUAACAAGCAAGCGAAGAAAUACAAAGAGUUCAAAUUUUAAUCUUCCACAAUAUCAGCUAAGCAUUAUCUCAAGGAUUGGAAAAUUGAUUCCACUAUCUGUUUAUGAUAUCAACAAUUUUAUUACCUACAACUUUAGUUUCAUUCUGUAAUGUCUUAAGAAUUAUAAAAUAAAGAUUAAUUAUGUGCUUGGGUCAAAUUCAAUCAAA